UGGACGAAUCGUUGAGCAAAAGCCUGUUUUUCUCUCUUUUUCCCUGCCGAGUUUUGCAUCCCUUCCUUUCGGUCAUCAUCUCCCGGCUGGUGCUGGAAGGUUGAGAGGGUUGACUUUUUUGAGGGCCCACCCCAUCUGAAGCUAUCACCAUGUCUUGGCAAUCCUCUCCGCGCGCACGAGUACCGGGGGCAGUCGUUGUGGCAGCGGCGCUGGCGCUGUCGACCAUCACCCUGACGUUUUAUUUGCGGUUGUCGCUGGCGACGGCAACCUUGCAGACACCAUCAUCGCCACUGCCCACCGCCGCCAGCACAGGCAACGAAGAGGCCACCAUCCAGAUUCUCGGCCGCCAUCUUGAACCCACCCAUCCCCGCCUCUUCGCCAACAGGUCGAAGUGGGCCUCCCUACCGGACCAAAUACCAGGUGAUGAAUACCUUUCAAAGUGGAACAGAACCAUCUUCCGCCAAGCCGACGAGAUGCUCUCUUUACCUCCCCCAGACUACAAAAAGGACGGAACGAGCGGGAUCCUGGACAUCGCGAGGACUGUCCAGCUCAGGAUCAAGCACUGGGCUUACGCCUACCGGUUGACCAACGACCCCAAGUGGAAAGAUCGCAUUUGGAAAGAAAUCGUCCACACAGCCGGGAACUCUACCGGUGCUUCGUUUGGGACGCAAGGCGACAGCUGGAACACGGAUCAUUGGCUGGAUGUAGGCGAGUUUCUGGUCGCGUUUGGGAUUGCGUAUGACUGGCUUUACGACGCGUGGACAGCCGAGGAGAGAGAGGGGAUAAGAUGGAGUGUUGUUGAUUUGGGCCUGAGAAAGGGGUUGGAGAGUUUUGAGAGGAAGGAGUGGUUUCUGGGGGUGACGGGGAACUGGAACUGUGUUACUGCGGGCGGGAUGAUUGUGGGGGCGUUGGCGGUGUUGGGGGAGGACACCAGUGGUGUGGCGAGAAGCUUGCUGGGGAGGGCGGUGGAAAACGCAGAGCGGCACUGUGGCAAGAGUGUGGACGAGAGCGGGACGUGGGCUGAGACGCCGGAUUAUUGGCAUUUUGGGACGCAGGCGCAUGCGCAGCUUUCGUCGGGGUUGUUAACAUCGCUGGGGAGUACCUUUGGGAUGUUGGACAGCCAUCCCAAGUUCCGGGAGACGGGCAUGUUUCAUAUUCAUACUAUCGGGAUGACGGAGAAGUUCAAUUAUGGGGAUUGCGGUCCGUCCAAGAUUACUGCUACGGCGAAUUCGCUAUUCUUUUAUGGGAGGGAGUACGGCAUUCCUGAGUACGGGUUGUUUCAGAGGGACAGGCCUGAUGCGGCUGAUCCGUUGUCAAUGCUCUGGUAUGAAUCUUCCCUCAAGGGGGAAUGGCACGAUCAUCUGCCUCUGGACAAGGCUUUCUCUGACCCCAGUGGCGCUUGGGUAUCACUAAGAUCUUCCUGGACGGAUUCUAAUGGUGUCUUUGUCGCCAUGAAAGGAGGAAAGAUGACCGGACACGCCACACAUGGCAACCUUGAUGCCGGUGAUUUCGUUCUGGACGCCUUGGGAGAACGAUGGGCGAUAGAGCUAUGCCAAGACAGCUACGAUGCUCCUGGCUACUUUUCGAGUGAAGAUCAGGACAGUGUCCGAUGGGACUACUACCGCUGCGGUACAGCUGGUCAAAACACGAUUGUCCACAACAACUCAAACCAGGUUGUUGACGCUGAGCCAACAGUGAAGUUUGAGAGCACUCUGGUCACUCAGAAGACCAAGGGCAAGACCGACGCUGGCGGUUUUUGGAUUGCGGAUCUAACCCAGGCAUAUGACGGGAUGAGCAUCAAGCGUGGAGUUCGAUUGCUCCCAGAGCGGAGUAAGGUGUUGAUACAAGACGAGAUAACUGACGCGUUGGAAACAAGUCAGUGGCGAAUGCAUACCAAAGCGCAUAUCACAUACAGUAACAGUGGGAGGAUAGCCCAUCUACGCCUGAAUGGAAAGGCUCUUGAUGUGCUACUCCUGUCACCCCGAGCUGCAGUCUUUCAUACUACCAAGCCAGUUCGGUCACCCAAGCUGCAUCCUCUCUCAGGUGGCCGAGAAGAUCUCCCGAACCCCGGGGUCAGUGUUCUGGCUGUUGAUCUUCCGCCAGGCAGUUUGACGGUGUCUGUUAUUUUCUGCCCUAUUUCGGAGCCUGGGGUGCAAUGUUCUUUUACGUCACCAGUGCCCUUGUCCGAGUGGAGUUUGCUUUAAUAAACUUGUGUUCAUUCACUUUGCCCGGAUCAAAAUUGUCUCUGCUACUGAUGGCACCUUCAUCCCCCCUUUCCCUGAUGAGAUGGCAAAGACCAUCCAAUAUCCUGGCACCACCACCCCUCCGUCUUUGGGAAUUUCAACUCUGUGCAGCGCUCUCCCUUUCUGCUUCCCCAACACCGUUGGAACAAGACUCACCCUCCUCUGGUCAGUAUUGAUCGCAUGUGUCGCACUGCUGUACCUCACCAUCGCCACCUCUGCCACCUCCCCGCCUACCAGCAAUUCAAACACUCCUCCCAGAUCCACCUCGGUGUCGGAAAUCUCCAGGAUCUUCGGUCGCGGAUCUCCACUCAGCAGAUAAGGUGGUGUGAACCUCUGGAAAUCCAAGUGGUUUAUCUCCUCUUCCGGCCCCAAGCACUUCUCCCAGCACAAGCCCCCUCCCCCGGUCAACACGGUUGCAUCAGGCAAUAGCACAGCAACACUGUGAUAUGUUCUUGGGAUGGGCAUCUUGGCCAGCGGUGUGAAGGUCAGCGUGUCAGGGUGGAACAACUCCGGCACGAGCGUCGCGUUGACGUCCGCCCAUUGCUUCGCGUAUGUUGCUCCGCCGGUGAUGAGAACCUCGCCGGUUGGGAGUAGAACGCUGUUGGCGUAUGCUCGGGGAUAUUUCAUCCCCUUGAGCUCCCGGACGUGCGGCAUGGUGAAGGGGUCGGAGGGGAGGGUGACGAUGUGGGUAGCGUUAGUCGCGGCGGCGUCGUUAUAAUGCCGCGCACCCCCCACAGCCAAGAUCUUCCCCGCUAGGGCGUCGUACAUCACCGCGUUUCCGUUCAUCGAGUCGCUGUCUUUUCCUCGGGAACCUGCGGGCUGGCAGGCUCCUGAGGAGGAAACCCCGUACCAGUUCAUGGCUCUGGAAGGCCCGGCUUGGAAAACGGAGUCGUCCCUCCAGGCAAAGAGCCAGGCGUGGUUGUCGCCUGCGAAGGGGCCGAGGAAGUCGCUUGUGAGGAGUGGCUCCGCGAGGGUGUUUGGAAGGGCUGUCCAGGUCUGCUUGUUGGGGUCGAGGAUCUCCCCGUUCUUGCCCCCCAGAGGACCGCUCCAGGAACCGCCGAUGGUAAAGACGCGUCCGUCGGAGAGGGUCGCUUGAGAGUGAUACCCUCGACCAACAGUCAAGGGUGGGCCGGAAAGCCAUCUCCCUUGGACUUCGUCGUAGAUGCUGGUUGCAUCCGAAGUGCUGCCACCUGUAACAACUACCCGUCCGGAGGUGUCGAGCGAGAGGCCGGGACAGAACAUGUUGUGGUGUGUGAUGGUGACAUUCUGAUUGUUGACCUGGUGCGUUGAUGGGUCGUAGAUGACGGAGAGAGUAUGUGUCGUCGCGUUAGAGAAGACAUUUGGCUUGUCGGCAGUCCAGGCGAGGACUUUGCCUGUUCUUGGCAGCACCGCAAUAGCUACAGGGACGAUGGGAAGGCGUAUGCUCUGUUCCCACCGGCCAAUGUUUCUAGCGUUUGCGUGCUCUUGUCUUUGCUGUACUAGGACGUAGACGCUUGUGUUGAACUGGAACUGAAAAGUAAGGGCUAGGAACAGGAAUAGCACAACUGCCAGUGAGGCAAUUUUGAUUAGG